AUGUUUGCGAACGUACGAUCAAACGUUGACGCCUAUUUAACGAUCGAUCCAGUCUAUUGGCUCCCCGAUCCACGGAUGAGCUUGCCAUCAAUUAGUGCCACUCUUUCAGUGUCUGAUAUCUCCAUUCCUUCACCAUCCAGUUCAUCCGCUCCUUCACUAUCCGCUGCCUCUGCUCCUUCAGCCUCUAUUACCUCCGCUUCAUCCGCUUCCAGUACCCCCACUCCAUUGCUCGACUAUAGCAAAACGCACAUCUCCUACGGCCACACAAAAUGCAUGCCAGAUUUCGAUAAGCAGUGGAAGAAACAAGCAGUGAUACGCAAAGAAUCAUGCGCAAAACACGCGCCCUUUGAAACUAAAGAAACCCGCCGAGUCGCCCUCGCCUCCAUUACGACCGGCAAAAAAGUAGAAGCCUACCAACGCGCAGUCCAAUCGCACAUGCUCCACGCCGCCGUCCACGACACCUCCGCCCACAUCCUCUGCGAAGACCUCGCCGACGGCGCCUGGAACAAAAUCGCCUUCCUCCUCCACCUCGUCCAAAACGAGCUUCUCAAGCCCAACAACACCCGCUUAGAAUGGAUCCUCUGGAUCGACCGCGACGCCAUAAUCAUGGACCCGUGCCGUCCUCUCUCCAGCUUCCUUCCCCCCGACACCCCCGAAUACGCAAACGUCAAUCUCGUCGUCAACCGCGACGCCGGCGACCUCAACGCUGGACUGUUCCUCUUCAAAGUAAACGAGUGGUCCGCUAAACUCUUCAGCACAAUCCUCGGCUACCGAUACUACCGUCCAGACGACGUUCUCCCGUCUGCAGAGCAAACAGCAAUGUCGCGGCUCCUCAGUGAACCCUACUGGGCAGGACAAGCAGCCUGGGUGCCCUGGUACUGGUUCAACGCGUACCCCGCGCCCAACAACAGCAUUGUCGAUUUCGCCGCGGGCAACCAGCCCAAGAGUCUAAAAUGGUUCCAAGCCCGCAAAGGCCACUUUGUCGUGCACUUUGCAGGCGACGAGGGCCGAAGCGCGCGCAUGCUGGAUUGGCUCGAUGUCAUCGAGACCAUGGAUGUGUGGAAGGAGGGCAGUGCCAAAGUAGAUGUCACGGCUGAGGUGAAGAAGUAUUGGGAUGCGUUCAGGAGCGGUGCGUUGAAGCUAUGGCAGAAGACGGGGAAUCCGAGGGAUAAAGAAAGGGAGGCGAAGGAGGAGGAGGCCAGGAAGAAGGCGGAGAUGAUGAGGGUGAAGGAGAUGGAGGAGAUGGAGGAGGCGAAGAAGACGAUGGAGAUGGAGGAGGUGGAGGAGGCGAAGAAGGCGAUGGAGUUGAAGCUCGUGGAGGACGUCACGCCGCCGUCGCCGCAACAGCAAGGGCAGCGACUCGAGGUUGAUGAGACGGAGAAUCCGGGCGGUUUCUUGAGGCCGUAUGAGGAUGUUGCUAAUGGCAGCAACGACAAUGAUGUCGAACUUUCCUAG